UCUCUUCAUUCUGCAAAAAUUCUCAACCGCCAAAACUGCCGCCAGCCACGCCGCGCCGCCUCCCAGUCUCCAACGCCGACGAUCAAUUGCCAGCCGGAGACGAUUAUUUAGUCCGGUAAAAUUAAAAGGGUGAGCUCUCUGAAGCUUCGCUUUUGUUUUCCCCUUGUUCGAUUUGAACGUGUGUUUAUAUAUCUAAGCGCCGUCCAGGGGGGAGGCAUAACUUAUUAAGGAAAAGGCGUAUCUAUGCGCUCGACUUCUCAGAAGCUUUCCUGGCGAGCUUGUUCUGGACCUGAGACACUAUGUUCAAACUGGUGUACCGGAGGUCAACCUUGUUUUGGUACUAGGAAUGAAAGGAAUUACACAAUGCAACCUUGUAGAAAUGUUCAUCCUCUUGUGAGAAAUUUUAGCUGGAAACCCGACCCAUUACAUGAGGCGAGGAGCCUCCAGCACUGGUACAAGAACUGGCAAGACAGAAGGAAAACCAAAUUGACUGCAAGCACGUUUGGUGGGGCGAUCGGGUUGUGGCGUGGUCGUAGGGUGCAGCUGUGGUUGGAAAAGAUUGGUGCAGAGGAGCCAUUUAGGGGAAACUGGGCAACAUGGUGGGGCAAUGUAAAAGAAAAGGAAGCACUUGAAAGGUACACGUUGAUUACAGGGAAUGACAUUUCCUUCCCGGCGUUUCAACUCUAUGGGGAGAGGUAUCCGGAACAUGAUUGGAUAGCUGCUUCGCCUGAUGGGUUGGUGGAGAAACCGUGUUAUGGACUGCCUUCUAGAGGUGUGCUAGAGAUAAAGUGUCCAUUUUAUGCUGAUAUGAAGGAUGCAAAGCCAUGGAAACGGAUCCCUCUUUAUUAUAUCCCACAAGCUCAGGGCUUGUUGGAGAUUAUGGACAGGGAUUGGAUGGACUUGUAUAUGUGGACUCCAAGAGGGAGCAGUCUGUUCAGAAUACAUAGAGACAGAGAGUACUGGAGUGUUAUGAGGUUGGCACUUUCGGAUUUUUGGUUGAACCAUGUUUUGCCAGCUAAAGAAUUGUGCGGUGAGAAAAAUAUUAAGGAUCCUCGUGUGGAGCUGCCUUUACUCAGGCCUGCUCCUAAACACGAGUCCUGUGAUUAUAUAAUCCAAGAGAGCAGGCGGAUUGUAGAUGCUUCUCCUUUCUUGAUUCGUGAGAUUGACGGAGUACUUCAACCCACAUGGCAACCAGCUUCACCUAUGAUGAACCAGCAUGAUUUUCAAGACUGCUGAUUGCCAGGUAAUGAGUGAAGACACUUCAUUCCGAUUUGGUUCAGGUUAUGCCGAUGGAUGCCUGCAUAUGGAAUUAAAGAGUUGAAAUAGGUGUUCCUUAGAAGUGAGUUAGUGACCAAAGAAGUCAGCCCCUAACAGAUACUGCAGCACUCCACACGGUCUGAAGACGAGAGCUUGAUAGUGGCCUUUUUUUAUCUUUACAAAGUGAAUGCGAGAAAAUGAGGU